AUGGCUACCAAUCAACCUCAGGGAGGCAAUCUGGACCGCUACGUGGUCAUCCACGUUGCGACCACCUGUGAUGAGCAUGGCGUCUAUGUAACGAAGGACUCCGCCGAGGUUAUUGAGCUUGGCUGGAUCUUGCUGGAUGCUAAAUCCUGCGAGGAGCUUCACCGGCAGAGCGUUCUCGUGAAACCGAUCAACACACCCAUCACCCCGCUCUGCACCAGCUUGACCACCUUGACCUGGGAGCACGUCCGCAACGCCGGCUCCUUCCGCGACGCUAUCAAUCUUUUCGACCAGUUUGCUCAGGAUCACCUUCUCCCAAACAACCUCGAAUUUGCGUUCGUUACACUUGACUCCUGGGACCUUCGCGUUCAGCUUCCCCGUGAAGCCAGGGACAAGGCAGUCGUUCUUCCACCGUACCUUCAACACUCGCGGACAUUCGACCUCCGAACUGAGUACCAGCGCUGGCAGGCACAUCAUCCGGAGUCGCUGCCUUUCGGCUCCAGUGCCCUGUCCAACAUCUGCGCCGCCCUUGAAGUCGAACCCGUACAGUCCUCGGCACCUAUCAAGCAUAAUCUUCCGUUCCACCUGCAAGCUCUCGCACCUGCCUCGCCGAGGCGGGCUAUGGAAGAGGCCGUCACACUUGCUCGAGUAUUACGUGGUCUCAUUCGCAAGUCUCAGCCACCGCACGAACACCCAGACGUCCUCACCCGCCCAAUGGACGCCCGCGCAGACGUCCGGGCCUUUUUGUCGGAGCGGAGCAAGGUUCUUCACAUGAGUGGUCUUCCUCAUGAUACUACGCAGUCCGAGCUGGAGAGUUGGUUCACUCAAUUCGGUGGAAGGCCCAUCGCUUUCUGGACCCUCCGCACUCCAGACCAACACAAGCCGACUGGUUCCGGCUUCGCCGUAUUCUCCUCCCAUGAAGAGGCUGCAGAAUCUCUUUGCAUGAACGGUCGCGCCCUCAACGAGAAGGCCAUUGAGGUCUCUCCAUCCUCGAGCCGCGUUCUCGACCGUGCCGCCGAGAUCCUUACGCCGUUCCCGCCAAGCAAGAACCGACCUCGGCCAGGCGACUGGACCUGCCCAUCCUGCGGCUUCUCGAACUUCCAGCGCCGCACCGCCUGUUUCCGCUGUUCGUACCCAGCAAUGGGUGGCGGGCCCGGCCCCGAGAUGGGCUACCCACCCUACGGCUACGGCCCCCCAGGAAUGAUGCCUGGCCACCACAUGGGUCAUGGCGGGCAUGGUGGCCACGGCGGCCAUGGCAUGGGCCACAUGCGCGGUGGGCACGGCAACGGCGUCGUCCCCUUCCGCGCCGGCGACUGGAAGUGCGGCGCCGACGGCUGCGGCUACCACAACUUCGCCAAGAACGUCAGCUGCCUCCGCUGUGGCGCCAGCCGUGCAGGCGCUGCCGUUGUCGCCGACUCCUUCCCGUCUCCAAUGGAUACGCCGUCCAGCUUCGGUAUGGGUCCCCCUUCGAUGGGCGGCACGCCUGGUCCGGCUCCUUUCGGUGCAGGAGGUUUCGGCUCUGGUGCCGGCUUCCCGAGCCACCAGUACGGUGGUCCGCCUGCUAGCUUCGGUAUGCCGUCCGCUCUUGGUGCGCCGAGCCCGUAUCCUCCGAUGGGUGCGCCGUAUGGCAGCAGUGGUGGUAUGCACUCCACCGGCUUCGACAGCCGUGCCGCUGAGGCUGCGUUCUCGUCUGCUGGGCAACCCCCUUCUGCCGGCGCUGGCUAUGCAAAUGGCGGCUUCUCGGAUGGUCACUCUGAUCCGUUCUCUUUCCUCUCGACCGGGCUGGGCGGCCUGUCGAUGGGAGAUGAUUCCAGGCGCAAUGUUGGGAAUUCGUCUAGCAAGUCUCCGGCUUAG